GGAGAGCGAGCCUGCAUGAUUCAGGAGUGAGUGACUCCGCCGAGGGCGGAGGCGGGAAGGUGAAUGAAGUGUGUGUGCGUGUGCGGCGCUUACAGUCAUCCACUCUGGAACCACCGCCGUCUGACUCAGCCUCACGGCCGCGACGGGGAAGCGGCCAAGCGGCGCAGGAGCCGCGAGGAGCCCCCGCACCCUCCAGCGCUGAAAGGGGAUCGCCUCGCCCUGCCUGCAGGUGCACGUGCAUCUCUGCUGGCCUCCUUCGCGCUGCGCCUCCCGGGCGGCUUCUGCCCUCACCCGUUCCCAAUGAGAUGACCCCGCUGCUUGGGAAUGUAGCGGGAAGCGUUGGUGUCCGGCUAGAAACCCCUAGAGGGGACCCCAGCGGGAAUACCGCGUUUUUGGCUUUAGCAGAGACAGGUUAAAUCUAUAACAAUGAAGACUGUUGCUGCGUUUACUUCUGGGAUUAUUAUAUUCCUGUUUUCUUUGGUGCAAAGGACCAGUGGACAAUGUAAAGAAGCAGCUAUAAAGUCAGAGAUGAAUUUGAGCAUCAAUUAUCAUCUUCCUCAUUUUAUCACAGAAACGCCAAUACAGAAUAUAGUUUUAUAUAAGCAUCAUAUCUAUAUCGGAGCAGUCAACAAGAUCUAUGUCUUAAAUGAAAACCUCCAGAACAUUUCUGUGUACAAGACUGGACCCGUGCUGGAGAAUCCUGAUUGUGCACCAUGUGAAGAUUGCAAAGAGAGAAACAAUUUAUCCAAUAGUGUUUGGAAGGAUAAUGUCAACAUGGCUCUGCUCCUAGAAACGUACUAUGAUGAUCAGCUCAUCAGCUGUGGUAGUGUAACUCGAGGUGUAUGUCAACGUCACAUCAUUCACCCCGACAACCCUGCCGACAUAGAAAGUGAAGUGCACUGCAUGUACUCAAAGCAGAGGGAUGGCGAGUCAGACAGCUGCCCUGACUGUGUUGUAAGCACUUUAGGAACCAAAGUUUUGGUGACCGAAAAGGACAGAUUUGUAAACUUUUUUGUUGGGAAUACUGUGAAGUCUUCAUUUCAACCACAGCAUGCACUACAUUCAGUGUCGGUUAGAAGGUUAAAAGAAACCCAGGAUGGUUUUGAGUUUCUCACAGAUCAUUCUUAUAUGGACAUUCUCCCACAGUUCAGGGACUCUUAUACCAUUAAGUAUGUCCAUGCCUUUGAAAAUGAUCACUUUGUCUACUUCCUAACAGUCCAGCGUGAAUCUCUUGACUCCCAGUCUUUUCACACAAGAAUCAUCCGUUUCUGCUCUUUUGAUUCUGAGUUGCGCUCUUACAUGGAGAUGCCUCUUGAGUGCAUUUUCACUGAAAAGCGGAGGAAGAGGUCAAUUCGAAAUGAGAUAUUUAAUGUUCUGCAGGCUGCAUAUGUCAGUAAGCCAGGUGCAGUUCUGGCCCAUGAAAUGGGGCUUAGUGUGAACGAUGACAUUCUGUAUGGUGUUUUUGCACAAAGCAAGCCGGACUCUUCGGAACCAACAAACAGAUCUGCUGUCUGUGCAGUCUCUGUCCGAACAAUCAAUGAAUUCUUCAACAAGAUUGUAAACAAGCAAAACAUGAAAUGUCUUCAGCACUUUUAUGGGAAAGAUAGCAAAUACUGUUUGAAAAGGACAUUUUCAAGAAAUGCAUCGUACUGUGGAGCACAAGAUGAUGAAUAUCGUCUAGAGGUUACAACUCCUUUGCAACGGGUUGACUUGUUUAUGGGGCGAUUCAACAGUGUCCUGCUAACUUCAAUAUCUGUCUUCACCAAAGGGAAUCUUACUGUUGCUAAUCUGGGAACGUCUGAGGGCCGCUUCAUGCAGAUAGUGAUUUCCCGUUCAGAAGCUACUCCACCACAUGUGAAUUUUCCUCUGGACUCCCACCCAGUCUCCCCACAAGUUAUUAUUCACCAUUCAUUAGUAGCAGAUGGCUAUACUCUGGUUGUCACCGGAAUGAAGAUAACCAAGAUUCCGUUGAAUGGACCAGGCUGUGAUCACUUUAAGUCCUGCAGUCAGUGUCUUUCAGCACCUCCUUUCAUGCAGUGUGGCUGGUGUAGCGAUCAGUGUGUGAGGUCCUGGGAGCAUGUUAAAAGGAUGUGGACGCAGGAGACAUGUUUGCCGAGAGUUUAUGAGAUUGUCCCAAGGAGCGCUCCAUUAGAAGGCGGAACAACACUUACAGUGUGUGGCUGGGACUUUGGAUUCAGCAAAAAUAAUCGAUUCGACUUAAAAAAUACAACAGUUCUUAUUGGAGGAAAGCCUUGUACUCUGGAAGUAAAAGUUAGCAACAAAAACAAGCUAGAAUGCACUGUUGCUGCUGCAAAGAACCCCAGUUUUAAUAUAACCAGCAGUGUUUCAAGUGGACAUGGCACAUCUCCCUUCAACACAUUUUCCUAUGUGAAUCCUGUAAUAACAAGUAUCUCUCCCGCCUAUGGUCCCAAGUCUGGUGGAACAUUAUUAACAUUAUCAGGGAAAUACUUAAAGAGUGGAAAAUCCAGAGAGAUUUAUGUUGGUGAGAAACCAUGCACCUUAAAAAGUGAAUCUGAUAGCACCAUAGUGUGUUACACACCUGCACAAAGAAUUCCAUCGGAAUAUCCUGUUAAAAUGAAGAUUGAUUUAGCUACUCGAGAAGCUAAGGGUCAUUUUACGUACAAGGAAGACCCUUUUGUUUUUAAAAUUCAUCCAGCUAAAUCUUUUCUUAGUGGUGGGAGCACAAUCACAGUUCAUGGAAUCAACUUGAAUUCAGUGUGUCUUCCUCAGAUGGUGAUCACUGUACCUAAGCUAGGAAAGAACUUCACUGUGACAUGUAACCAUCAUUCUAACACAGAGAUAAUCUGUUGCACAACUCCUUCACUGAAAUCCUUUAAUCUGCAACUACCUUUUGCAACAAAAGUGUUUUUCAUUUUUGAUGGAGUCAGCAACCAAUACUUUGAUUUUGAUUAUGUGAAUAAUCCUGUAUUUAAACCUUUUGAAAAGCCAGUGGUGAUCUCAAGGGGCAAUCAUAAUAUACUGGAAAUUAAGGGAAAUUACAUUGAUUCAGAAGCUAUUAAAGGCGAAGUGCUAAAAGUUGGAAAUAGAAGUUGUGAGAACAUCUACUUACAGUCUGAAUCAGUUUUCUGUAUGAUUCCCAGAGAUCUGCUGAAAUUGCACAGUGAGCUAAAUAUAGAGUGGAAGCAAGAAGUUUUUUCAACGCUUAUUGGGAAAGUGAUGAUUCUGCAAGAUCAGAAUUUCACAGGACUGAUUGCUGGAGUUGUCUCAACCUCAGUGUUAUUUUUAUUGUUGUUGGGGGGUGUUCUAUGGAUGAAGAAGAAAAAACAAAUUAAAGAUCUGGGUAGUGAUUUAGUUCGUUAUGAUGGAAGAGUGCACACUCCUCAUUUGGAUAGGCUUGUGAGCGCAAGGAGCGUAAGUCCAACUACAGAAAUGGUUUCUAGUGACUCUGUAGACUACAGAUCAACGUUGCUAGAAGAUCAGUUUCCAAAUUUGUCUCAGAAUGGCUCAUGCAGACCAGUACAGUAUCCUCACACAGACCUAUCAUCCAAUCUGUCUAGUGGGGACUCGGAUUUAGCCAGUCCACUGCUGCAAACUAAUGUCCACAUUGACAUCAGUGCCUUAAAUCCAGACCUGGUCAAAGAAGUUCAGCAUGUAGUCAUUGGUGCUGACAGCCUGAUUGUGCAUUUUAGUGAGAUAAUAGGAAGAGGGCAUUUUGGGUGUGUGUACCAUGGGACAUUGUUGGAUAAUGAUGGCAGGAAAAUUCAUUGUGCUGUGAAGUCCUUGAACAGAAUUACAGACCUGGAAGAAGUAGCUCAGUUUCUCAAAGAAGGGAUCAUCAUGAAAGAUUUCACUCAUUCCAAUGUCCUGUCGCUACUGGGAAUUUGCUUGCCCAGUGAGGGGUCUCCUUUGGUGGUGCUUCCGUAUAUGAAACAUGGAGAUCUUCGAAACUUCAUUAGGAAUGAGACUCAUAACCCAACAGUUAAAGAUUUGAUUGGAUUUGGCCUUCAAGUAGCAAAAGGUAUGAAAUACCUUGCAAGCAAAAAGUUUGUCCAUAGAGAUUUGGCUGCAAGAAAUUGUAUGCUGGAUGAAAAAUUCACUGUCAAGGUGGCUGAUUUUGGUCUUGCUAGAGAUGUCUAUGAUAAAGAAUACUACAGUGUGCACAAUAAAACAGGAGCUAAACUGCCAGUGAAAUGGAUGGCUUUAGAAAGUUUGCAAACUCAGAAGUUCACUACAAAAUCAGAUGUGUGGUCCUUUGGUGUGUUGUUGUGGGAACUUAUGACAAGAGGAGCACCGCCCUACCCAGACGUGAAUUCUUUUGAUAUAACUGUUUACUUGUUACAAGGAAGAAGGCUACUGCAACCGGAAUACUGCCCUGAUCCACUGUAUGAAGUCAUGCUAAAGUGUUGGCAUCCAAAACCUGAAAUGCGCCCAGCAUUUUCUGAACUGGUUUCUAAUAUAUCAACAAUCUUCUCCACUUUUAUCGGCGAGCAUUAUGUUCAUGUCAGUGCUACAUAUGUCAAUGUGAAAUGCGUUGCUCCCUAUCCUUCUCUUUUGUCAUCACAAGAUAACAGAGACAGGGAUGUGGAUACAUGACCAGGUCUGUCUACAAUACAAUGCCAGAGAGAAAUCCAUUAGUAGUAGUAUGAACAAAAGUAAAUGUUUUGUCCACUACUUUUUCACUGCCCAGUUUUUGUGAAAACACUGUUGCACAUGUUUGAUGUUGUCCAAACUGCACUGUUGAUGAGAUAUGUUGUUUAUAGCUAUGGGAUUCUACACACUACAGUGGUAAAUCCCAAAUAUUUGGGACGGCUGUAUCUAUUUACCAGACUACAUCUACCACCAUCUCGUGCUAAUACCCACCAGCUCUCAUUCAUUUGUGAAAUGAAUGUGCUCACCAUUUGCAGCCUGGGUUUUAUUGUAGUUUACAGCAUGUACAGCAGAAUGAGGGGUGAGCAGCAGGGAUGUACAGAGACUCAUGAUUAAUGCAAAGAAGGGAAAAGCUAGACUACCAAUCGCUCAAGCCUGAUGUACCAUUCCUGUUGCAUGUGCUAUUGGGCAAUGGGCAGUGCAGUAACGGUUUUCACACAAAGACCAGGCCAGAUAAUGAGAAUUCCAAAACUGUACAAUGUCUCCUGUUGUAUAAAGUAGACUCUACCUUUGUUCUUUGUUUGGCCAUUAUAUCAAUAAGGUUCCUUAGAGCCAGUCUCAUGGCAAGUUUCUAAAAUGAUAGUCAACAUUCCAAAAUGCCAUGAAAUAAAAUGAGUAUGUCAGCUUUUGAGGAGCAGUAUAUUUAUGCUGUACAUAAAAUGUAAGGGAACACACCCGGAAAAAAGCUAUCUCAAUGUUAAUGUCACUAUCAUUCCAAACCUCAGUCGCUCCUUUGAGAAAUAAUUUGUAUGUACAGAUUUCUUACUGAAAAUUGUGAGGCUUCUCUUCUGUCAAUAAAGUGCUUUAAUUGUUCCAUGAGAGUAAAAAUUUAAGGACUCCAUAUUAACCAGUAGGCUAAAGCCUAUGAUGCAGCAGUUUUGGAAGCACCAUUUGGAGAGGUAGUCAAGUAAACAGUGGACCAGUAACAGUGCGAGGAGCCAAGUGACCCUGAGGAGCUGGUAUGACCACAUGUUUAGUAGCUGCAACUCUGCCAGCCAGCCACGCAAAGGAGCUGCAGCAUAGUGCGUGUAAGGGGUUGAGAAGAGAUGCUGAGCCAGCUGAGGAAAGCCAACAAGGCUGCAAUGUGGUGGGAUUGCUGCCAUCCUUUGCAUGCCAGUACUGAAGGAUUAAGAAAAUUGAACAAAAGAAGAAACAUUUUUUUAGCACCCAUAGUUGCUCCUUGAGUUAAUCCAGCCCAGUGAGUUAUGAUACACAGUAUAUUCCUAAAUCAUGACCAGAAGUGAUUUUCAAAAGAGAUACUAAUUAAAGUUUUUGUUAUGUAGGGAAGAGUACUGUAGCUUUAGGGCAAGCAUCAUGUGUCAUUUAUGUUCCUGUGGAAUUCUGUGCGUAUUACUGUAUAGCUUGUUUGGUGUAGGAUAUAACUGGUUGUUAGUUUAAACACUUAAAGUAUUCUAUUUUUAUAAAAAAAUGUUUAUUUUUAAUGACAUAUACCAGGUUUGGUCAGGCCACAAAAUACUGCACUGUGAAUGUUUCAGAAAAUGUAUGUCAACGUUGGAGUCAUACAUUGUAGUGAGGUUAAAAAUGACUAUGUAAAUAUUAAGGAGGAAAAGAACUAAUUGAUACUCCACCCUAACUAUAAUAUAACCAUUGCUGGAAGUCAAACACUUCAAUAUGUGCAAGGUGAGGUAGUGUUUAGAAAGGACCUGAUUAUGAGGAAGAUUCAUUGUUCUUGAGGAAGAGUGUUACAACGGAAAGGUUUCUAAUGAGGGUGGGCAAACGACAAGCUGAUAAUACUGUAUUGUAUUACACCACCACUUUCAUUUCAGAUGCAAACAUUUCAUGUGUGCUAAGAGCACUACUAACUGUAAACUGCUAAAGGACAAAAGAUUUUACUGCAGGAAAAAGAAUCAUCUCUACAGUCAUUACAAUGGCUAAGAAAGUUUAUGACACAAAGAUUUGGGGAGGAUACUCCAAAGCCGUACAUCCAUGCUUGAGGAAGGCUGCAAUGUGAAAAAAAAAACAUUUUUACUAUUUAUGAAUUUUGCUUAAUAUAGUUAAUGUUGUGUCUGGGACACCUGUAAGAGUAUAUGAUUCUGGUAAGGAUUUGAUGUUUGUCAAUUCAUGCAUUUGCAAAUGAGCUGAAUGGUACUUAUGGAGAUAGUUGUUGGUGUGACCUAAUAAAAGUUAUUAAAAUGAAGUAUCGUAA